AUGCGUGCCAUUCCGGUCGUGACGACCUUUUCGGUCUUGCUCGCUACGAUAGCACAGCUUGCACAGUCCACGCCGGUUCAACUCGACGAAAACGUUGCCGAAGAAGACAUCAUCGAAAACACCCUCGAAGAACGAUCUUGCUCCAAUCCAUGCGGCUACUACAGCCAGUUAUGCUGCACCUCAUCCCAAACAUGUACAACAAACAGCCUCGGCCAGGCUGAAUGCGUUGCUGGCUCAGCUGGCUCAACUGGCUCUGGGUCAUGGCAGUUCUACACCACAACAUUCACAGAGACCAACCUCGCAACAGUGACAUCCGUCUAUAGUAGCUACAUCACCGCGGCACCCACCAGCACUGCUACCUGCGCCGUGUCGUUGGGCGAGAGCGUCUGUGGUACAAGCUGCUGCAGCGCCGAAGAGAUUUGCGAUAACGGCGUCUGUGUUGCUGGCAGCUCAACCGACGAGGCAGCCACAGGAACAGCCUCCCCCGCAGUCCGUCCAACCAGCAGCGGCGCCGAAACAGUUACAGCGACCGCCUCAGCAACCACCACCGUCGGCUUCAUUGCCCCCGUAGGAACCAACGGCGCCACUGUCGUCGCCCAAGCAUCCGGCGGCCAUGGUCUAAGCGGAGGCGCAAUUGCCGGGAUUGUCAUCGGUGUGAUUGCCGGUGUCUUCCUGCUGAUUCUAUUGUGCGCCUGUCUCUGUAUCCGUGGAGUCGUUGAUACCGUGCUGGGAAUGCUUGGUCUCAGGUCGAAGAAGCGCAGAGACACAACCUAUGUCGAAGAACGCAUAUCCCACCACUCUCAUGGCGCCGAGCCAGCGAGACGGACAUGGUUCGGCACACGCCCAUCUCGUCCAGACCACGGAGAGAAGAAGUCUGGCUUUGGAACGCUGGCCUGGCUUGCUGUAAUCGCCGGAGCCGUAGCGUUGUGUCUAGGCCUAAGAAGACGGAAUAAGGAAGAGGAGAAGUCGGAAUACAGCUACGGUCCUGGCAGCUCUUACUAUACUUAUUACAGCUACGAUGCAAGCGAAAGUGAGUUGAUCAUCCCGUCAGAUUGA